AAAUGGAAAGGAAAAAAAAUUAUCUUAAACUUUCCAACCCUAAUCACAACAAUUAUCUCCCUAAUCAUUUUCUUAUCAUUUUUACCCCAAAAUGUUAAUGCCAAACCUCCUCCAAACCCAGUCCAAUGUAAUGGUAAAGUAUGCACACUCAAAAAUGGUUAUGGUGUUUGGGGUGAUAGAAGAGAUUGCACCUCUCCAAGCAUAAGCUAUCCAACUACUGAAGAAGAGCUUCGAUUAGCCGUCGCGAAUGCUAAUCGUAAUAAACUCAAGGUGAAAGUGGUGACUAAAUUUUCACACAGUAUACCAAAAUUAGCAUGUCCUAGUAGCAAAACAAACAAGACAACGCUAAUCAGCACAGAACGAUACAAUUCCCAUAUCGAAAUCGAUACGAAAAACAUGGUCGUAACAGUCGAUGCAGGGGUGAGUCUAAGAGACUUGAUCAACAAGGUGGAGGGUGCCGCGUUGAGUUUAGUCGCGGCACCCUACUGGGAAGGGGUGACCGUGGGUGGCCUAAUAAGUACCGGAGCCCACGGGAGCUCAUGGUGGGGUAAGGGCGGGGCGGUCCACGACCAUGUUGUGGGUGUUAGCCUAGUGGUUCCUGGGAAGGAGUCCGAAGGGUUUGCUAAAGUUCUUUGGUUGGAAGGCAAUGACCCUCUUUUUAAGGCUGCUAAGGUUUCUUUGGGUGUUCUUGGGGUUAUCUCUAAGGUGAAGUUAUCAUUGGAACCAGCUUUCAAGAGAAGUAUAACCUAUGAUUUUACAAAAGAUGAUGACAUCGAACAAAUGUACGUAAACCACGCCAAGAAAUUUGAAUUUGGAGACAUAACGUGGUAUCCUUCAAAGUAUACGGCUGUUUAUAGAUAUGAUAAUAGAGUUCAUUUUAAUACUUCUGGAGAUGGAAUCAAUGAUUUUCUUGGGUUUCAAUCGCAAUCUGUUUUAGUCUCCAUGGCUACUCAAUCAACGGAAAAAACAUUUGAAAAUAGCAAAGAUGAGAAAGGCAAGUGUGCAAUGGCAACAACAUUUAUGGCAUACAAGAAAAGCAUAGCAAAUGGAUUAAAGAACAACAAAUUAUUCUUCACAAAUUAUCCAGUUAUAGGCACUCAAGCCAACAUACAAGCAUCCGGUUCGUGUUUAUACUCUUUUCCUCUAAGACUAGACCUUACUUGUGGUUGGGACCCUACAAUCAAUGGUCUCUCCUUCUAUGAAACAACCGCGAUUUUCCCUACUACAAAGUUUGGAGACUUUGUUAGGGAUGUCAAAAAACUAAGAGACCUAAUCACUCCACAAAAACUUUGUGGCAUGGACAUCUACAACGGCUUCUUAAUUCGUUACAUUAAGGCCUCGGAUGCAUACCUAGGGCAACAUGAGGACUCCGUCGUUGUUGAUUUCAAUUAUUAUCGCGGUGAUGAUCCUAAAGUCCCUAGACUAAACCAAGACAUUCUUGAAGAGAUUGAACAAAUCGCGUUCUUUAAGUAUGGAGCUAAGCCACAUUGGGCUAAAAAUAGAAAGUUGGCAUUCUUAGGUGUGCCGAAAAAAUUCCUAAAUUGGAAUAAGUUUGUUGAGGUAAAGAAACAAGUUGAUCCUCGAGGUAUGUUUUCUAGUGAAUGGUCAGAUGAAAUAUUGUAUGGAGAAAAUAAAGAAAAUGGGGAUGGUUGUGCUUUGGAAGGGUUGUGUAUUUGUUCACAAGAUAGACAUUGUAGUCCAUCUAAAGGUUAUUUUUGUAAACCUGGUUUUUUGUAUUCUAAUGCUAGAGUUUGUAGGUUUUCACAUGCUGAAAUUUUAAGUUCUAACCUAGAUUUAGGAGUUAUAUCAUGAUUAUUUAUGAAUUGUGUAAAUUCUUAGUUUUAAUUUAAUUAUUAUUUCAUAAUAUAUAUGAUAUUGGUAAUGCUACAAUUUAUUCUUUUAUUUUCUAGAAUUUUUUAUUAUUUUUUUUAUGUUAAUCGGUAUUUAUUUGCUCUAUGAGAUUUAAUUUCUUUUUAAGAGAGUUACAAAGAGUUUCUGUAGACGUGACUUAAUCUCAUAUCUUGAUAAAUAGCCUAAAUUUUAAGCUAUUGAAAUGUCGAUAUCUCUCUUGCUCGUCGCCGUCUAGCAAAUUUCAUGUCCAAUACUAAA